AUGGAAGACAGCGUUGAGUUCUUUAGUAAAGAUAGGUUAUCCUUGGUUAUAUCAGACCAAAAGGAAUUACUGAGAAACAUAAUUCCACUCAAAAACUGGGUUAUAGGAAGGAAUGAUAGAAAGGAAUUAGCAAUUAAAGCCGGAGCCCCAAAAGUUUUAUUGAAUUUGUUUUCUUCUAAGGAAUCAUCUUUAGAAGAAAAAUAUGAGGUAUUUAUCGUGCUUAAUUCGCUUAUGGCAAACGAUAAAAAAGCGUUUGUUCACUUUUUACGCCCAGAGGACCUUUUAUCUGUGAUUGAAUUGGUUUCAGCCAAAGAAGAUGUCCCAAAGAAUGUUUUUAUUAUAAUUCUGAAAGUAUUCACGAUCAUGCUUAGCUUUGAUCAAGCUGCUGAAUUUGUAACCCAAGUGCAUUUCUCACGUCUUUUUAAUCGUCUGUUUGAUUUAUACUGUUUACCGACACAAAAAAAGUAUCCUUUAUUCGACGAUAUUCAGAUUUCUUCUUUAGCUGCUUCGGUUCUGGACCAUAUGGUCUCAUCAAGAAACCCACAAGUGGAUUCGGUACCAUCCUUUUGUAAUACUAUAUUCUCUACGAUUGCUUUUACAUCACGGCUGAAAGAGUCAGUUCGGUACAGAUAUUUUAAGAGCUGCGAUACUUUAAUCGUCAACUCGCUCGCUAUAUUAAAUUCGUACUUCAAAGUGUUUUCCUUGCGUGCGAACCUGCCACGUAGUAUUGAGUUGGAAGGGGAAAAUGAUUAUGAAGAACUGGGUGAUUUGAAAAAUCUAAGGUUUUCCUUAUUUGGGGACAAGAUGAGUGAACGAAUUUUUGAACUAUUUAGCUUAGCCCGGGAAUAUCAUUCUUCUAUCCGAUUGCUGGCUCUCUCUUGCUUAGUGACACUCUACAAAAGCGGUAUUCUUGGAAAGGAUUCGGAAGAAGAUAUUAAGUUUAUAGUCAUUCCCAUCUUAAUUCGACUCUUUUCUCAGUCUCAAGAAACCCAGCAGAUAGCUCCUCGUUUGUUGGCGAUGCUUGUCAAUGAAAACGAAGUAAUGCAAAAAGUCGCAGCCAAUGCGAAUGUUAUUAUAUCUGCCAAGGAAUUACUGAAUAAAGUCGUGAAACAUAGUAACGAUGAAUAUCCGAUAACGGAGGUCGGCUGUUUAACUGAUGCCCUAAGGCUUCCAACGAAUACAAAAGAACAGAAUGAUCUUAUAAUGGAGUCUCUUCUUUUAUUCAUUGCCGCCCUAACAACUUCCAAGGACGAAUAUCGGAAGAUGGUUGUGGAUGCCAACUAUCUACCUAUCAUAAUUGAUGCCUUGUCUAAUGAUUCAAAAGAUAUAAGAAAAGCAGCUUGUGAAUGCAUAUUGAGUUUAACGAGAAGUGUCUAUAUCUUAAGGACAGGAUUAGCAGAAGCGGAUCUUAAUGAACCCUUAAUGAAACUUUUAAUUGAUUCGGACGUUAGGGUCCAGUCAUCAGCGAUGGCCGUCGUCUGCAACUUGCUUUUGAAAUUCUCUCCGCUUCGUAACAAGUUUUUAACGCCUGGUUUUAUUGACGUUCUGGUUGCAAACACUGCAGCCAAAGACAAGUCUUUACGAAGGAAAGCUGUAUGGGCUUUGAGGAAUAGCGUUUACGAGAAUGAUGAAAAACUAAAAAGGGAUAUCAUUCAGAAAGUAGGGCACGAUAGAGUUUUAGAACUUUGUAAUGAUGAAGACCUUGGUGUCCAGGAACAGAUUCUCCAAGUCUUCAGGAAUUUUGCUUGUCCCAAGGGUGAAGGUGUAUAUGAUUUUCUUGAAGUUAUAUCAUUGCCAGUUUUAUUGAGCAUUAUUUAUCAGAAACUUUUGACACACAAUCCAGUUUUGAUAGAACCUGGUAUAUUCACUUUGGUGCAUAUUGCAUCUAGUGAUGACGAAUUUCGAGAUGUUAUUCUAGAAGAGAAAAACAUACUAUUACUUGUAAAAGAUACUAUGCUCAAAGAAGCCGAACGUUAUCGGACUGAACAUGUGUCAGAUAAUUCCAGUUCGACCGGUGGUAGCGAAGUGGAACUGCAAGACGAUGAGUAUGAUUUGGAGAUGCGUCCUGCUUUUGAUAUUUUGGAAGAAGACACGCUAGAAUCAAGUUCAGGGAUCCUAUUAGCCGGGAUUUGGCUUUGCAUAAGUUUAUUAUGGUCAAACCAAGGAUCAACGCCUACUGAACAAGAUACUCAGGGAGCCAAGAUUUUACGCGAACUAGGAUUUGAAGAUUGCUUGUAUUUAUUACAAAACCAUCCAUCUCCUGAUGUCAGGGAAAGAAUAAAGGAUGCAUUAUCUCGUAUUCACGUUUUCAAUUAG